AGGAAGCUAAACAACCAGAUGGACAAUAUGGUGGUCUCGACCUGGAGGCAAUGGAACGACUCCUUAAGAUGGAACCAAAGGUUGAAUGUACGCUAGACUCCAUGACGCUUCAGGUUCAUGAUGCUGCUUCUACCCCUGGAUCUCUGCUUUUCGUGGACAGAGGAAACCAUUUGUCUCCUUUGCCCCUGUCCAAGUUACCUUCGAGCUGCGGUUACACCAUCAGCUCAACACGACGAGAUCUCGUCCUAGUCGCACCCUAUGAUGGUUGCUUCGUCGCUCUCCAGGAGGACACUUAUGUUCUCCCACUGCUUUGGUGGGGCAUACCAGUGAGGAUGUCGUGCCCUUUCAUGGGCUCGCUGUCACUGAAUCCUCCGAUGGUCACCUGCAAUACUGCGGACAUGCUCGUAAAAACAGAGUGGACCCUGCCCGUCUCCAAUAUUAAAGUUAAGUUGAACGGUAAAUGGGAGCCACUAACAGUGGCCUCAAACAGAUGUGGCUUCAGCACAGUCGAACAUCCUGAAGGUGUGGUCAUCUCUGCUCAUUAUGCGCCCUGCCUAGAGAAAAAGGAUGGGUUGUAUACUCUGGAAGUUGCUGGAGAUGGAGAAGCAACAAUUUCCUGUCCAUCACAAUUACCAAGGAAGCAGAACCCAAAGCACAGAACCAACUUUCCCACCUCUAUCACUUCUAUCCCCAACCAAAGCCCGAAGUACAGCCUGCUACAAACCCCUCCACUGUUCCUCAGCCACCACAGCCUGAAGCCCCUCAGCGUCAAGUACACCAGCAAAUGUACUUGUGCCCUGAAAAUCAGCCUGCCAGAAAUCCAAAUGCUGCUUUGGCAUCAGCAGCUGAAAGUCUUUUGGGACAAGUGCACAAACUUUGUCAAACAUCUGAGACACCAGCUGGAACAAAUGAGGAAAAUCCAGUCCAAAGCACACCACCUCUUCUCAGAUAUCCACAGGGCCAGACGCAUCACCUACUUAACCAGUUCUAUUACCCACAGCAGCUCCAGCUGCUACAGCCUGUGA